AUGAUCCUCGGCUUCUCUCAACCAGCUCCUGCCUGCCAUCCUGCACAGAUCUACACUCCACAGAGCCUGAGGGCAUCCUAUGAAUAUGAAGUCAUCGGUGAAGCAUUUUGGCAGACCCUGGAAAUUCCCGGAGAAGAACAAAUUUUAAAAAUAUAUGGCUACAAAUAUUCGAAGAUGCAUGCCCUCGUUUUCCACUCUAUAUGUACAGUAUUAUGUGGAGUCCCAUACAUUGCAUUGCUGUACUACCCAAAGUACAAUCGAUUCAAAUAUGUGAAAUGCAGUUUAAAAUCAGCAGAAAAGAUUUGCGUGACAGAUUCAGAUGGAUUAUUUUAUUUAGCACAAAUAGAUGAAAUGGAUCUCAAUCUAUCGAAUCAUAGAGAAAAUAAAUUGAGAUAUUUUAUUUACCAGCAUAAUCGUUACAUUUGGUUGAGUGAUCAAGGUGCCUUUGUUAAUGUUCUUGCUCUCAACGAAAAACUAACUAUAUGUAUGUUGAUGGAAAAUCUAACAGGACUCAACAAGAGACAACAAAAUGAAUUGCUGAAACUUUAUGGUGGUAAUAGUGUGGAGGUAAAAGUAAUGAGUUACUGGACCAUCUUCAUCAAUGAAGUCUUUAAUCCAUUCUAUUUGUUCCAAGUUUUCUCCAUUGUUCUUUGGUCAUUGGAUGAGUACUAUCAAUAUGCUACUUGUGUGUUCAUUUUGUCAACUGCGUCAUGUGUAACAGCACUGUGUCAAACAAAACAGAUGAGCAUCAAAAUUCACAAAAUGGCUGGUGGUACUAGUGCUUUUACUGUAACGGUUCUGAGACCAACGCGUUCUGGACGUGAAGAAUGCGUGGUGAAUGCUAGCAGGCUGGUCCCUGGAGAUGUAUUAGUGAUACCAUCUGAUGGAUGUGUAAUGCCUUGUGAUGCGGUGAUUCUGACGGGUUCUUGUAUUGUUAACGAGAGUAUGCUAACAGGUGAAAGUGUACCAGUUAUGAAAGGCCCUCCGUGUUUGUCAUCUGAAGUGUAUUCUACAGAAGUUCAUAAACGACAUACACUCUAUGCUGGCACUCAUGUGAUACAAACCAGAUUUUAUGGUAAUAACCAGGUUUUAGCUAAAGUCGUAAGGACCGGAUUUUACACAGCUAAAGGAGAGCUUAUAAAAAGCAUACUGUAUCCAAAAGAGGUCAAUUUCCAGUUCUACGACGACGCCGUCAGAUUCGUAACAUUCAUGUUCUCCAUUGCUGCGCUUGGCAUGGCUUACUCCGUCUGGUUAUACGUCCUGCGAGGGAGCUCCGUCAGUACGAUAAUGCUCCGUACAUUGGACAUUAUAACCAUAGUGGUACCGCCUGCACUACCCGCGGCCAUGACAGCCGGCGUAGUAUACAGCCAACGCCGUUUAAGGAAAAACAAAAUAUUCUGCGUCUCACCGCCGAGGAUCGUGAUUUGCGGGAAAUUACAAGUCAUGUGCUUUGAUAAGACUGGUACUUUAACUGAAGACGGCUUAGACUUCUAUUCGGUAAUUCCUUCGAAUGAGGGCGAGAAAUUCGGGAAACAAGUGGUGAAUGUGACGGGGCUGCCGGCUACGAGUCCUCUACUGCAGGCCCUGGCUUCUUGUCAUUCCUUGACCAGCAUCCAAGGCGAGCUUAAAGGAGAUCCGCUUGACUUGAAAAUGUUUGAGUUUACACGAUGGGUACUGGAGGAGCCGGGCCCAGAGAACACGCGGUAUGACAACCUAACACCGUCUAUAGUUAAACCCGUAUCGACAACGGAGAGCACACAGAAUCUUGACAAUUAUGACCCUUACACAAUGGAAAUUCCGUAUGAGAUCGGUCUUCUAAGGAGGUUCCACUUUUCUUCAUCCCAACAAUCCAUGGGAGUUAUCGCCCGAGUGCUUGGACAACCACAAAUGGUGUAUUUUGUUAAAGGAGCGCCCGAGAAGAUCUCCGGCAUGUGCGCCCCGGAAACCCUGCCGGAAAACUUCAGCACAGUACUUAACGAAUACACAUCGAACGGCUUCCGCGUGAUCGGUCUCGCUCACAAGAAGCUUGACCGUAAAAUGAAAUGGGUCGACGCCCAGAGAAUCAAAAGAGAUACCCUCGAAUGCGAUAUGGUCUUCCUAGGCUUCCUAGUCAUGCAAAAUAGCCUGAAAACCGAAACUACCCAGAUCAUAAGGGAGCUACACAUGGCCAACAUGAGGCUGGUCAUGGUCACAGGAGAUAACAUCAUGACGGCUAUGUCAGUGGCGCGCGGAUGCUUCAUGGUUCAGCCGCAACAGAAAAUAGUGUUGAUAACUGCAGUACCACAAGCGAACGAUGCUCAACCUCCACUCACCAUGGAAGUCGUCGGAGAGAGCGGACCACCAAAGCUACCGAUGGACUCAUAUGUCAUAGCUUUGGAAGGGAAGACUUGGCAAGCAAUACGAACGUACUAUCCAGAUUUAAUGCCGACUGUAUUGAAAAAAGGUAUGGUGUUCGGUCGCUUCGGUCCGGACCAGAAGACGCAGCUGAUAACCGCGCUGCAGGACGAGGAGCUGACGGUGGGCAUGUGCGGGGACGGCGCCAACGACUGCGGCGCCCUCAAAGCCGCGCACGUCGGGAUAUCGCUCUCCGAAGCCGACGCUUCCGUGGCGGCACCGUUCACUUCUCAAGAGCAAAACAUCACAUGCGUCAAACUGCUAGUUCUAGAGGGACGUUGUGCACUCAGCACUUCAUUCGCAAUAUUUAAAUAUAUGGCUCUGUAUUCGCUGAUACAGUUCUUCUCAAUUCUUAUUCUAUACAAGCACCAUUCGACCCUGGGCAACAAUCAGUUCCUGUACAUCGACUUGGUGCUGACGACGCUGCUGGCGCUGUCCCUGGGCCGCGCGUGUCCGGGCCCGCGCCUCACGGCCGCGCUGCCGCCCGUGUCGCUGGUGUCGCCCGUCAGCCUGGCGCAGCUGCUGCUGCAGGUGUUCCUCGUGCUCAUGGUCCAGAUCUCGGCCAUCUACGUGCUCCACGGCCAACCUUGGUUCAAAUCCAUCGAAGGUGGACCGAACAUAGAAAAUAUAAUGUGCUGGGACAACACAGUCAUAUUCAUCACGACCUCGUUUCAGUACUUGAUCAUGGCCUGUGUUUACGCCAACGGCUGGCCGUUCCGUGACCGCUUUUACGCUAACUAUUCGAUGGUGCUAUCGCUGGUGACGCAAACCUCAUUCGUGAUACUGCUGUUGAUGUGCCCCUGGUCGUGGCUCGCGCAUUUCAUGGACAUCAAAAUGUUGGACUCCACAGAUCCGGACCAAAAAACUUUCCGUACUUAUUUGAUGUUGAUACCCUUCAUACAUCUGAUCUUGGCUUUUACUAUAGAAAUGACGUUGUCGAAUUCAGAAAAAUUCUCGAAGCUGUCUAAGUUGAUCCGGAGACGGUGCCGGGACAAGGAGGACGCGUCAGUGGAGGGCGCGUGUCCGCUGUGGGCGCCGCCCGCGCACGUGUGCUGACUGGCGCCGCACGCGCCGACCGCCUGCCCCGGACUCGUCCGCAGCUAGCACCCGGCGCGCCCGCCCUCGCGCGGUCCACAACGCGUUAAAGGCAGAUCUACACAGAGUCAGCUACUGACUCUAAUUAAAUAUUUCCACUAUACAUAUUAGAAGAGCGUCAGCGUUAAUUAGUCCAGUCAUUUUAGGCCAAAUUAAGUGAAUAUCUCGUCAAAUCGACGUACCACGUAAUAGUACAUUGUGCACCAAGGAAGAAAAAUAGGACAUUUCCUCCCGCGUGUAAAAUUGGCUAACUAGCGGGAUGGGAUGUCCUACUUUUUUCCCGCGGU